GCCGGCACCGCAGCGGCAUGUUACUAACUGACCUACUAACAUUCGCCAUAAUUUCGGGUAACUGCGUCCCGUUUGUGGCGAACGACACUGUCACGAUCUACCAAUGCGCAGUCAUCAGGAAGUGUCGUACUCGUGACUUUUACAACAUCCCCUUUGCACCCUCAUCAAAACUAACCUCGCUUCUCACCCCUCCUGAUAUGUGCUUUCCGCAAGACCAAAAACUUCCACCCGUGCAGAGAAAACAAAAUUUCAACAACACCACAUUUGCCAAUGCAACCAUAUCCCCUUCACUUGAAACCGUCCAGAAGCCGUUUUUGAAAGAAUCAUAUCCAAACGAAACAGUCCCUUACACAUUUGGUGAAUCUUUUUGGAAAGCUGCACGACGUGAGGAGUUUACGAGACUACGAAGAUUCCAUUUUGGCAGGUUCAGGGAGGUACCUAUCGCGGGAAUAUGCAUGUGCGUAAUGUUUGAUUGUGCACUCAUCGCUCUCACUUGCGCCAUUCUGAAUUACGAAGAUCUGAGUGAUGAUCAAGAAGUGGAUGUCUUCGAGAGCUUUGAGGAUCUUCACGGUCGGCUGGUGCGAGAAGCACAAACACAAACAGUAACUGAAAAUCCGAAGAUCCAGAUAGAAAAGAGCGUGCAGACCAUCUCGCCGGAGGAGCGAAGGGCGGCUAAAGUCAAAUUUCAUCCACGUCAAAGUGAUUGCUGAUCUCAUCCAGAUGACAUUAUGAAGA